AUGAGUGACAAGUGCAACUACGUGCAGAACAUCGUGCCCGCUGAUCUUACAGCAUACAUCUACAAAUCAAGGCUCGAGCAGCUGCUCCGGGCAAUGUUCGGUGAGAAUAUCGAGGUUACUGCAUUGGCCAAAGCAACAGUCGGCUGA